AUGAUGAAAGAAGAGGGUGAGUGGGAACAAGUGACGUCACCGGCACUGCAGCACACCCCCGCAUUCGGAAGCUGGAUUGGUCGACAGACGGCCAUCGCACUCUCGGAAGCAGGAUGGAAAGUUGUCUUGACAGCUCGUCGCUUAGACAUGUUGAAGGAAACGGCAGCGUUAUGCAAGAACGAGACUCUCAUACUCGCAGGUAACGUCCUCGAUGAAGAAUUUGUAGUGGACCUGUUCCGUAUUGCGGUAUCACAUUUCGGUCGACUGGACCUCUUGUUCAAUAACGCAGGGAUUUCGGCAAAGCCAAUUCCAAUCGAGACAAUGUCCCUUCAGACUUUCAAGAACGUUAUCGACGUCAAUCUUGUUGGAUCUUUCCUCGCCACUCGGGAAGCGUUUAAAAUCUUCAAGUCGCAAGAACCUCAAGGCGGGAAAAUAAUAAACAAUGGCUCACUCUCUGCGCAUGUCCCAAGACCGAAUUCGUUCCCCUAUACAUGCUCGAAGCACGCAAUUACUGGCCUGACGAGAUCCACCGCUCUCGAUGGUCGGCCUUUCAGCAUAACCUGCACACAGAUUGACAUAGGAAACGCGCUCACGGACAUGUCACGUGGGAGCACGGUUGGGGCUCUUCAACCGGAUGGCUGCAUACUAGAGGAGCCUACUUUCGACGCCAAGCAUGUAGGCAGCACAAUUGUCCAUAUUGCGAGUCUGCCUCCCGAUGUUGCGAUGCUUCAAGUCAAUAUCAUGUACGGAAUUCCUCAACUUUAA